AUGAUUAUCUAGACAAAAAUAAACUUCUGUAUUCUGGCCAAUCAGGUUUUAGAGCUCUGCAUUCCACUGUAACUUGCUUGCUUUCUGGCACUAAUGACUGGCACAUUAAUAUUGAGCGUGGAAAAUUUACAGGAAAUAUUUUCAUUGAUUUGAAAAAGGCUUUUGAUACUGUUGAUCAUGCCAUACUUAUUCAAAAGCUAUCUAAGUACGGAAUUCAGGGUCUUGAGCUUCAAUGGUUCAAAUCAUAUCUUAGCAGUAGGCAGCAAUUCACUAAGGUUAAUGGAGUGGAAUCUGACAUCGGAAGCAUCAGCUGUGGUGUUCCACAAGGUUCUUGUUUAGGUCCACUACUCUUCCUAAUCUAUAUAAAUGAUCUGCCAUUCGCCUUGAAAAACUGCAAAGUUACGAUGUACGCCGACGAUACUAGCAUAUCCUAUUCCUCUAAGAGCAUUGAGGAUCUAACUGAAACGCUCAACAACGAAUUGAAAUGUUUGAAAGAAUGGCUUCAGGGCAAUAAAUACAUGUCUUUGAAUGUAAUCAAGACUCAGGCAAUGGUAAUCGGAUCUAGAUCAAAUCUGAAAAAGAUUGGUGAAAACACUGUGGGUUCACCUGCAUUCGUUAUCGAUGAUUCCCCUGUAGAACUCGUCGACAGUAUUAAGUAUCUUGGUGUCCAAGUUGACCAAUACCUCGUGUGGGACGAGCAAAUUAAAUCUGUUCAAGCCAAAGUCUCCCGCUCGUUAGGUUUUUUAAAAUAUGCAAAGAAAUUUUUGCCAAAAAAUGUAUUCAGCAAAGAAUUCAGCUUUAACAAUGAAAUGUACCAACAAAAGGAUGGUGUCGCUAUGGGUAGCCCUCUGGGACCUGCAUUGGCCAAUAUCUUUGUUGGCUUUCAUGAAGAGCGUUUGUUUGUCUGCGACCAAAAGCCAGGUGUCUAUUUUCGGUAUGUGGAUGACACAUAUACUAUUUUCAAAACAGAGGCUGAGUGUGAUAUUUUCCUAAAACGCCUUAAUGGUCUUCACACAGCCCUACAUUUUACAUUUGAAAAGGAAGAAAAUAACUCCUUGCCAUUUCUUGAUGUUUUGGUUGAAAAAUCUGACACUGGAUUUUCACCAGUGUAUACCGUAAACCCACAUUUUCGGGGUUAUACACUCGAUGGAGUUCGUUUUGCCCAAAACAAAGAAAAAUCAGCCUCAUCAAAACGCUCACACAUAGGGCACUGAUGAUUUGUUCCAAGUCUAAACUCGACUCGGAACUUGAAAAACUAACUCAGAUUUUUCUGGAGAACGGCUAUCCAGAACAUGUUAUUUCAGUUUACAUUAAGGAGAAGAUAGGAAAUUUCUCGGCUGACGUAAAAUUUGGUCCUCAAAAGUGCCCGGUCUAUCUAAAACUACCCUGGAUCGGUAACAGCUCCCUACGUUUUGAAAGCCAAAUAAAACAGGCCAUAACAAAUUGUUUCUUCGCGGUUAACCCACGUGUUGUUUACAGUACAAAAAAGGCCCUUCCGUCCAUUCAAAAGGACUGCGUUCCUGCCACAAAAAAAAGUUCUGUUGUGUAUGAAUUCACGUGCCAGUGUGAUUCUGGCUACGUAGGACGCACCACCCAAAGAUUGGAGGAUAGGAUAAAACAACACGUUUCAUCUAAUAUUAGAAACAAAACACAUCCCCAAAGAGAACAGCCACCUCGGUCUUGCAAAUCCAAAAUUACUAAUAAGACCUGCGAUUCUGCUAUCGGGCAGCAUUUGCUAGAAAACCCAGUUUGUGCAAAAAACUAUAAUGGCGACAUGUUUCGGAUUAUUGGUAAAGCCCGAUCGUCGUUCCACCUAGCAGUUUUAGAAUCUAUCUACAUAAGCACGAAAAAACCGCUACUGUGUAGACAAAAAGAGUUCGUUUUCACCUUAGGACUCCAUUGGUAACAUUCUAAUAGGCAAGCGGCACUGAUUGGUCAACCUUUACAGUCAUGUGCUCGUGUUUCUGAUUGGCCUAUUUCGUUCCACAACUGGGUAUAUAUAUUUCUUAGCGUAGAGUUUUCGAUCUAUGUUCUGACGUUUUAAACUCUGAAGAGUGUCAGACGAAAAGCUUUAGUUUACUAAAUGUUUGCUUUUUUCAAAGCUAUUUCCAAAAAAUGUACUUUGCAAAUUAUAUAGAGGUAUUGUAGAGCCACAUUUUCGGUACUGCUGUUCUGUGUGGGGGAGCUGUGCAGAGUUCCGACUGGUUAAGCUUCAAAAAUUGCAGAAUCGAGCCGCUAGAAUUAUUACAAAUAGCAGCUACGAUGCUCCUGCUGAAGCUUUGAUUACAGAGUUAAGAUGGCCAACUGUAAGGGAUAUGAUCAGAAGUGAGACUGCAACAACUGUAUAUAAAUCUGUUAAUAGUCUCGCGCAUGAUUAUCUCUCGCAUUUAUUUGUUAGAAAUUCUGAUCGCAAUAUUAUCAACCUUAGAAAUGCCGAAACUGACUUGCUAGUGCCAUUCAUGAAAACUAGUAAUGGACAGAAAGCGUUCGCAUUUCGAAGAGCAAAAAUCUGGAAUGAUCUCAGCCGCGAGGCCAAGCAAGCUCCCUCUUUAUCUUCUUUUAAGAACAAGAUAAAGGGUUUGUUGUAAAUUUAUUGUAAAUAGUUGUAGAUAAAUUAUUUAUGAUUGUAAUUAGUUUCCUUUUCCCGCUAUUAAUUUUAGUAGAUUUUUUAAUUUGUAAAGUUUUUGGCACGGCCCCCUGAAAAUCAGUCAUGACUGACGGGGCUACCGUGCAUAAAUAAUUUAAAAAUGAAAAAAAAAUAGUGCAUCCAGACCAGUAAAAUGUAAUCGUGGAACACGGUUCCCUGGCGAAUACGAAAAGAUUACAUACAUAUCAUUAUACAUAGAUUGCAGGGGAUAGUUCUGGCUGUUCGGGGAGAAGAAGAUUGAAAAGGUACAUUAACGUGUUAUGAAAAAAGAUUAAAAAUAAAAGCAGCAAAAGUGAGAUAAAUAUAAUAUUUUCCAGAUCACUGCUCACGUACUUUAACAAACUUUCACGUACUUGUCAUGGGUAAUGACUUUAAACUACAUCCGGUGGUAAGGCUAUGGUUCGGGAGAACCAGAGUUUUAGGGAUAAUGGAGUUACCUCUUAAUUACCGCUACUCUCAGGUCCACCCUGACCCGGGGUGGUAGCACCUGCAAGGGUCCCAGAUAUGGGUCAAAUAUUGUUCCUGGGGUAUGAACUAAAACUACAUCCGUGCGCCACCGACAGAGCAGGGUGGAGAUGCUUUAGCAGAGAUUUGGUCUUGCUAAAUAAAUGAUGAAGUAUCGUGCACCAUGACUGCUGGCAGAAAUAUGGUACAACCAGAUGAAUGGCGGCAAUCAAACUCUAGUUAGUUGAGAACUGCAAUCUGUAGAAAGCAACGGCAAACUACUACAGUAUCCUGCCAAGAAAAUGUUAUGAAAAUGCCAGUCUCAAGUAAAAUAGCUAUAGUGCCUGAAGAUGUGCCCCUCAGGUCGGAUGGCAUUCAACUUGCUACUGAGGAAGGGUGCAGCUCUGGAUUGAGUAAUUCUAGCAAUAAUGAAGCUGUUGUACUAAACCCAUUAGGGCAUAUGAUAGCUGACACUGCAGAGGAUGAAAAACCUAAGCAGUUCCGCAACAACAAAAACCACACAAUUGCAACCUGGAAUGUUAGAACGAUGAAUCAAGGAAAGUUGGAAGUUGUAACAAAUGAAAUGGACAGAAUAAACUUAGACAUACUCGGAAUAAGUGAAAUGAAAUGGACAGGGUGUGGGGAUAUUAGAAAAGGUGAUCACACAGUGUACUACUCAGGACACCAAAAAUACAAGAGAAAUGGAGUUGCCAUUAUUGUCAAUAAAAAGAUAAGCAAAUCAGUGCUAGGAUAUAACAUGGUUAAUGACAGAAUAAUUGCAUUAAGACUUCAAGGACAUCCUUUCAACACCAGCAUAAUACAAAUAUAUGCACCAACCACAGAUGCCGAUGAUGAUGCAAUAGAACAGUUUUACACAGAGCUACAGAAAGUGCUAGAUAAUAUACCAAAGAAAGAUAUGUUGUUUUUAAUUGGAGACUGGAAUGCAAAAGUGGGAAAUAUUGAAGAAAAAGGAGUCACUGGAAGAUUUGGACUAGGGGAGAAAAAUGCUGCAGGAGAACGAUUAAUAGAAUUCUGCAUUGAAAACGAAUUGUUCAUAGCCAACACUAUGUUUUUCCAACACAAACGCAGACUAUAUACAUGGACAUCACCAGAUGGUAAAAAUAGGAAUCAGAUUGACUAUGUCUUGGGCAGGAAGAGAUGGAAAAGUGCGAUACAGGCAGUCAAAACUCUUCCUGGAGCUGACUGUGGAACAGAUCAUGAGCUGCUUCACGCCACUAUCAAAGUAAAGCUAAAAAAGAGAAGACAGCAACAUGCGCAAGCUAGAUAUGAUUUAACAAAGAUACCGCCAAACUUUACAAUCGAGCUAUCGAAUCGUUUCUCAUGUCUAGAAUCACAGGACACUAGUGUUGAGCAAUUAUGGCAGACAACAAAAGAUAUCAUCGUUGACACUGCGGGAAAAAACAUUCCUAAGAAAGAGAGAAAAAGAAAAUCACAUUGGUUAUCACAGAAAGCUAUAGAGAUUGCUGAAGAACGACGAAACGCUAAAAAACAAAAAGAUUUAUCCACAUUUAAUAACUUGAACAGAAUAUUUCAAAAUCAGGCAAGGAAAGAUAAAGAAAUAUACUUGAAUGAUAUUUGUAGGAAUAUGGAAGAAAAUCAAGCAAAAUGAAAAUCAAGA